AAAUUGAUCAAAACGUAAACAUGUGCAAUUAUUUGGCGCGCCAGUAGUUUCAAUGAAGUCACCGCACUAGGUGUGCUCACGAUCACCGAAACGCUGGACAAAUUUCCGCCGUCGCGUCGGGUACGUUCACGGUGUAAAUACGAACAAGCAACGUCAUCUGCUUACUUGCUGGUUUGUGGAUCCCCGAUCUUUGCAGUUUAAUUUUCUGCAUAAGGACAUCGACAACCGUAUCACUCAGGAUCCUUCUACAAACGAGAGAGGUGAUAAUAUGCAGUAACCAUGGUAACUCCUUUUGUAGAUGGUUGGGACUUUGUACAGACGUUAGGCGAAGGAGCAUAUGGAGAGGUCAAGUUAGCCGUCAACCGGUCAACUCAGGAGGCAGUAGCGGUCAAGAUUCUACAUCUAGAUAAACAACAAGGGGCAGCUGAUAGUGUUAGGAAAGAGGUAUGCAUUCAUCGAAUGUUAGGAGAUCCGCAUAUCAUCCGUUUCUAUGGUCAUCGUAAAGAGGGCAGCAUCCAGUAUUUGUUCGUGGAGUACGCUAGCGGAGGAGAGCUCUUUGAUAGAAUAGAGCCUGAUGUUGGCAUGCAAGUUACCGAAGCUCAUCGUUUCUUCUCACAACUCAUUGGCGGUGUAGAGUACCUGCAUAAGAAAGGGGUCACGCAUCGCGACCUCAAACCAGAAAACCUGCUCCUAGAUGAACAUGAUAACCUGAAGGUUUCAGACUUUGGGCUAGCGACCGUCUUCCGGCACCAGGGCAAGGAGCGUCUCUUGGGCAAGUGCUGCGGGACGCCGCCUUACGUUGCCCCAGAGGUACUCAAGAGGAAGGAAUACCACGCCGAACCGGCUGACGUUUGGUCUUGUGGGAUUAUACUGGUCGCCAUGCUGGCUGGGGAAUUGCCGUGGGAUGAGCCGACAUACAGCUGUAAGGAGUACUGUGAUUGGUUGGAUAAGAAGAUGCAUCUGUCUCCUUGGAAAAAGAUCGAUACCACACCCCUUGCCCUUCUGAGGAAGAUCCUGACGGAGACUCCGGCCAAGAGGAUUACCAUCUCACAAAUAAAGAAAGAUCGCUGGUACAGGUCAAAAGGUACCAUCGGAAGAGUCCCCACCAGCUCGCCGAAUACAGGCAGUAUGAAGCGAGUGUGUACCGGAAAUGAUCUGUCACCGCUUGCAGCUGGAAACAACAAAGUCUCGUCCUCUCAACCCACCUACCACACCAAUGCCCCAUCGACACCAGGCGAGGGCAGUAUACCGAGCUCAGUGGAGGAACUUGUGAACGCUUUCAGUUUCUCCCAGCCUAUACAUUCAGACAACAUGCUGUUGAGUAGUCAGCUGCAGUGUACUCCAGGAGCUUCACAGACCCCCAUGCAGAGACUCGUGAGACGCAUGACAAGGUUCUUCACAAGCUGCGGCUGUGAGAAAACACUGAAGGUCCUUACAACUACAUUGGAUAAACUCCCCAUCUACUCAUGGAAGAAGAGCUGUCGAAAUCAGGUGACAAUAUCUACUCUAGAUAAGCGUAAGAACCAACUCACUUUCAAGGCCAACCUGCUUGAAAUGGAUCAGAAAGUACUAGUAGACUUCAGACUGUCAAAGGGUGACGGUCUGGAGUUCAAGAAGCACUUCGUGAAGAUCAAGGAUAAGCUUCCACCCAUCAUUGUCAAAGGGCCUCCUCUGAUGCCACUAUGACCUUUAACCUCUACCACACAUCUGGGACUAUCCACUGUAAUCUCACCGAUGCAAAUUUGAACUUCCUCCGUGCCUUGGAUAGCACUAGGACAAAAGCUAGUCUUGUUUAGGCAAGGCCAAACGAACGAGACCACUCUGAACUUGUAACGAUCCUCUGAUUGCCUUGCGUCCAUCUCUGCUCCUUGUCAGAAACAAACUAGACCUCCACUCGAGCCGUUCUGAACUUGUUCCAACUUUGUGGAUUCAAGAGGACCACCUCUUCCCAAUACAGUGAAAUCUGUAUAUAAAGAACUUUCAGGGAAACAUGAAACAUAGUCUUUAUUGGCAGUAUAUACAGAUUCCUUCAGUACAGGAUUCAAUGAAGAACAAUAUUCAAGGAAAACAAAAAAUGUCUCCUUAAUAGACAGAUAGUCUUUCUAUACAGGUGGUCGCUAUAGCAAAUUUGACUAUCUGGGACCAAAUGGUACCAUACCAAUGUCAUUUUUAACUUCCUCAGAAACAAAUUCCAUGGAUUCAUCAAAAAUCUCAAGGAAUGGCUCAGUUCUUGGCAUCAUCAUUCCUUCUUUAAAGUUAUACAUGUUUGUAUGUGCUCAUUAUCAAAGUUAAUUUACACAAGAUUUCCUUGUUACCGUAAUUGUUACUUUUGCAAAAAGUCGCAUUUUUUUCCGAAAAGAAGAAAUUAGUGUUUGUAUGUUUGUGUCUCUGUCAUGGUGCUUUGCGAAUUGUAUGCUUGUUAUUAUGAUUUUUGUCUUUGACCAAGUAUUCCUGUCUGGUUUUAUUUCAUCCAAAAAUAUAAACAAAUCUCUUGACAGCACCAUAGUCUAGUGAUACAAGAAAGAAUGAUUAUUCAGUAGAUAUCAAGAGACAUUCAUUUUGGAAUGAAAUGAAGGAUAAUUGUCUCACAUGUACACUGUAUGUCAUAUGGGACAUGUUGCGCGGAAUUGCCUUUUUUGUUUGUUUUGUCGUUAUAAAAAUGUGCCAAAAUAUAUAUGUUGCCUUGUUGAAGUUUCCUUAAUCCUAAACAUUACAUUUGAGAUAUAAUCAUGGUUUUCCUAGAUUUUCUCACAAUGUCUGUAUAGAUCAAUGCAAAUAAUGAGGGAAAUACUUUAGAUUAGAAGAUUACUUUAUACCGGUGUAAACCUAGUUAAGAUCAUUUUUUUAGAGACGCACAAUUGGAUUGAAAUUCAGGACUUGCAUGAUGGAAAAGGGACAUUAAAGUCAAUAUGAAUUUGAAUUCCUAUGAUGGUUAAGGACCAGGAGUAAGGAUCAUUCGAGUUACAUGUAUAGAACUGCACUGCUAUUUUGCCAAAAGUGUGUGUUAUUGUAUGCGUAGCAGAUAAAUUGUAAAGGGGUUAUGUUUAUGUUUAUGUUUAGAUUUUUGUCUCAAGUUGAAGUACAGCAUUCAGUUAGCGUAUGAUAUUAUCGUAGGGCAAUUUUCGCAGAAACACUGAAUGGAUUGUUUACAUAUUGCUCAUUUAACCCACUGAGUAAUUAAAACCAAGACGGUCCUUUCAUUCGUACCCUCGUCGUGUGUGUUUUGGGAAUCACACGAUUGGUGGAGACAUGGCGAUCUGUGUGGUAUGCAUGUUGGAGAGAGGGAAAAGAUGAAUUUAGACAAAUUAAAAAAUAUGUAAGAACAGACAAAAUCUGGACUAGACAAAAAUUAAGCCUUGAGCAAUCGUCACGGGAGCACAUGUCUGGCAUAUUUUGUUAAAACACCUCUUUUUGAGAAUUGACACAUGUAAUGUGGUAUAUGCUUUUUUGUCUGGUCUUGUGUAACAGUACAGUUUUGACAUCACCUUGGCCAAAUUUUUUAACCGUGCUCCUCAAAAGCAGUCGAUAUAUAUAUGCUAUGUAAUUUAAGUAAACAAUGCAGAAAAAAUUGCCAAGCAGUAUUAUGGAACUAUGGUUUCCUUUACAUCACUGUAGUAUAAAUGUUAUCAUGUAUAGCUAGACAUUGUAGUUUAUUCCUAAAUACAUGCAGUACUAAAAUAGAUAGGUAGUUUUUUAAGUACACACAUGGUCAUGUACCACAUAGUUAAAGUACUAAACUUAAUGUAUUACUGGUAUGAAUGACUCUUUGUCUCAAAUGUCUGUGUGAAAGUGGACUCUAAAUAAUUUGGUAAAAAGUACAUGCUGUUCAUACAGCAACUAGAUUAUUCAUAACUCUUAUAAAAUUGGUGCUUUUGUGUAUUUUGUUACUCAAGAAUGAAAGGUGAACUGGUUGAAUUAGGGCCUUUGUUGAAUAACGGUACUUUAAGAUGACAGUAUUAUCUCCUUCUCAAGAUACAUAAGUCGGGAUAAAUCACCUUUUUAAUAUAUUAUACUUUAAAAUUCCAAAACUUGGUAAGGGUAUGAAUAAUUUAGUUGAUAACUGUAUACCAUACAUGUACUUAUAAUGUAAAACUAGAGACAUUUGUGUCAUGAUCAUGAAACAGCUAUGAAUGACUGGAUGGCUAUUUGCAGGGGCAGAUCCAGGGGGGGGGGCCCUUUUUCAUUCCGGAAAAAAAGCUAAGAUAUAUUCACAUAAAUGUUCAGUUUAGGCAUUCAGAAAUGACUCUGAUGGAACCAUAGAGCAUCCAUAAAAAAAAAAGUUUUGGAAUCAGAAUCACCUUAUGAAAUUUGCACAAGAUUCAUGGACAGCAAAGUUUAAAGAUUCAAGGUAUUUGUGUUGAUGUCUUCAUGUUUUUUUUUUCUGGAGUUUUUUGGGAAAAUUAUAUUUUCAUUGUUGUAAGAAUAGCAGAAAACUGCUCUAUAAACACGUUUAAAAAUUGUAAGUGCACAAAUCGUUUAGUCUACUCAGACUUGGCUGCAAAUACAAAUUUAUUUUGUCACUUUA